ACUGUGCGGAUCUAACGUGCGGCAGAUCUGGCAGGAUGAACGAAGGAAGGAAUCCAUGUGACACCAGGCUUAAACCAGAAAAUCGGACUCUGGUCCAGGAUAUGACACCACAGGCUUCCUUUGCUGGAGGGAGAUCCGUGACUAGUUCGCCGCGAUUGUUGGCUCGGUAAACAGCCUUCCUUGCGACAGCCUCUGGCCCCAGUCCUCGCCGCCUCCCAGGCUCUGUGCUGAAGAACACCGAUGGCAAACUUUAAGGGCCAUGCUCUCCCAGGGAGCUUCUUCUUGAUAGUUGGACUGUGGUGGUCAGUGAAGUACCCACUGAUGUACUUUCACCAGAAGGGGAAAAGCAGCCGACGGACUCAUUACCAUCAGUGUCUCGAGAUCAUUGAAGCCGCAAUCAGAACCUUGUUUUCAGUCAUUGGGAUCCUGGCCGAGCAGUUUGUUCCGGACGGGCCCCACCUCCACCUGUACCAUGAAAACGAGUGGUGCAAGUUAAUGAACUGGCAGCACAGCACCAUGUAUUUAUUCUUCGCAGUCUCGGGAAUCGUGGAUAUGCUCACCUGUCUUGUCAGCCACGUUCCCCUGGGGCUGGACAGACUGGUUAUGGCUGUGGCAGUAUUCACUGAAGGUUUUCUCUUCUACUACCACGUCCACAACCGACCACCCUUGGACCAGCACAUCCACUCACUCCUGCUGUGUGCGGUGUUCGGAGGGGCUUUCAGCAUCUUUGUAGAGGUGGUCCUCCGGGACAAUAUUGUGCUGCAACUUUUCCGAACCAGUCUCGUUAUUCUUCAGGGCACCUGGUUCUGGCAGAUCGGGUUUGUGCUGUUCCCACCAUUUGGAGGACCCGAAUGGGACCAGAAAGAUGACGCAAACCUCAUGUUCGUCACCAUGUGCUUCUGCUGGCACUACUUGGCUGCCCUCUGCAUUGUGGCCAUCAGCUACUCGCUCGUUUUCUGCCAUUUGACUCGGUUAAAGAGGCACGGAGGAGAAAUCAUUGGCAUUCGGAAGCUGAAGUCAGAUCACACUUACCAGACGGCCCUCUUGAGUGGCUCAGAUGAGGAAUAAGGGAGGCCACCCGUCAUCAAUGCGGGGUGGACAAGCCCCUUUGAGUACGAACAGCUAGUGUGCAAAGGGGUAACUCAUCUCCAUUUCAAUGCUUGCUCUGGUCUGCUCUUAAGGUUCUAUAUAUUUGCACCUUCUCAUUUAACUGACUAAAGUCUCUGUUGCUAUGGUAUCCUUCAUAAAGAAAAAUGAAGCAAGCCUUUGUGUCCCAGUAUGAAGAGAAAUCAAAGACUCUCAAAGUUUCAGAACGGGAUGGGGCCUCAUGGAUGAAUCCAGGAUAUGAAUCCAGCAGAAAAUACUGCUUUCGAUAACUUACUCCUUUUUUCUGAAGAAAACAGGUAGCUUAUCAGAAAUUGAGACUGCCUUUAUUUUAAAGAUACAAUUCUAGCACAUUUUUUUUUUUAAGUAAAACAAUUUAUAAGCUUUGGUACUUUAAAUAUUACUUGUUAAACAUUUCUUAAUUAACCAUUAAUAUUCCAGAGUACUGCAAUACUACUCGUAAGUGAUGACAUUAGGCCAAAGGUGACUUUUUUUUUUUUUUAAACCAGGAAGCUAGUUAGUGGCCCAGCUGCGAGCUGGAACGCUGAUGUUCUGGGUCCUCAAAAGUACCCUCACAAGAAGAUGCUAACAGGAAGUCUGUAUAAUGAGGUAGAGAGAAAAAUGGCAGGUUAUUGAAGACCCUGAAUUUAAAUACAGCUGAAAGCAAAGGGUAAGAAUCCUGCAAAGGAUGUGGAUCUUGAAAUAGUAAUAUAAAGUCUUGACACUGUAAUCCUGGUUCUGGAUGUUUUUUCUUUUUUUUUUUUAAUAAAACUUCCUUCAACAAAUAUUUAUUAAACAUCUACUUGGCACCGGCACUGAAAUGGUUGGAAGGAUUACUGAGAUA